AUGACCUGCGGUAACUGCGUGAAGGACGUUUCGCAGGCAUUGAAUAAAGUUGAAGGCGUCAACAAAGUGGAAGCCAAUCUCAAGGACCAACUCGUCUUCAUCGAAGGCACCGCGCCACCCAGCUCCAUCGUUACAGCUAUCCAGAAUACCGGUCGCGAUGCGAUUCUACGAGGCACCGGCGCUUCGAACAACUCCGCGGUCUGUAUCCUCGAAACACACUCCACAUCCGUCUCCAAUAAGGUACGAGGGCUGGCGCGCAUGGUUCAGGUAUCAUCCAACAUGACGUUGGUCGACCUGACGAUCAACGGACUGGAACCGGGAAAGUACUGGGCGACAGUACGAGAAGCAGGCGACAUUUCUAAGGGGGCGGAGUCCACCGGCGGUAUCUGGGAGGCGCUUAAGGCAAAGCUCCAGGGCGCCAAUGCACAGAAGGAACCACGUGGGAUAUUUGGAAGCGUGGAGGUGGAUACAAAGGGGCGAGGCAAUGUGUUCUUGGAUCGACCGGUGGCGAUUUGGGAAUUGAUUGGGCGCAGUAUGGUUUUGUCCAAAGGUACGGAAGGGCCGUUUCGACGCGAGGAUCCCAAUACUUUGGUUGGGGUGAUUGCUCGAAGCGCCGGGGUUUGGGACAACGACAAAAUGGUAUGUUCCUGCUCGGGCAAGAAUGUGUGGCAGGAGCGCCAGGAGCAAGUGGCUCAGGGAAUGGUCUGA